GCGCUCGCGCUCGCGUGCAGGGGGAGAGAUAAAGAGGAGAGCGCGCGCCUGUCAGCUCCGACUCAGCGUUACAGAAAUAAAACGGUCCGGCGCUCGCGGCUCGGUGUUUGCGCGCGUGAGUGUAUAUGUGUGUGUGUGUGUGUACGGGUUCGGCGGCGCCGUGUUUCGGAUUAAACGGCAACCGACUACCAUCUCGCGGGUCCGUGGGGGAAAGAAGGACAAGAGUCAGCGGUGACGGUGGAAAAAAAACCCCACCAGAAAUAACGCUUGUUGGAAGGGUGAAGGCCAGCUGGAGGCUCGAAGAUCUUCCCGUUCUUCAUUCUCUGCUCGUCGCGUGUAUUCGAAGGGUUGGUGGCCAUCAUUUUCUCUGAAAUUGCGAUGAAGUUUAAUGCCUAUGGUACCUGAAGGAGGCUGAAAUAAAAAUAAAAAAAAAGAGGUGAUGGAACACCCGUUCAAGGACUCAGUCCCAGGAGACAUGGCAAAUCCUCAGGACGUCUGCAACAGCUCAGUGGGUGGAGUUGACAGCAUUGGCAAACUCGAGAGUGAGACCGGUCCAGUAAUCCCCAAUGAGACAUGGAAUGUCAGUUCUCCUACCAUCUCAAAGAGGUCUGUCUCUCCUUUGCUGACAAUUCAGGCUGCACCUGUUGUUGCCCCCAAUACAGAGUCUACUGGAGGAGUUGCUCUUAAAGUGGCAACCACAGUUCUUCAGCCCAUCUGCUUGGGCGAGAGUCCAGUUGUGCUACCCAUCUUAGCAGGCACAGCAGCUGCUCAAGUUGCGCAGACUGGUACUACGCCUUACCUGAUGACCAGCCAAGGCCCCCUGACCCUACCCCUGGUUUUAGAGCAACAGGUGCUGCAGCACUUGAACCCACAGAUCCUUCAGCAGACUGCUACUUGCCCAGGACUCUCAUUACAGAACCCCCCAGUUGCUCUUGGCCCUCCCCCUUCCCUUGAUCAGAAAGGUGUUAGUCCAGUCCUGGACGCAAGUCUGCUGACCCUUCUCCAGAACCCAAAUUUCGCGUCCAUCUUGCAAGAUCUUUUUCCUGGCCAAGGCAAUACCUCACCUACUUGCCAUCCAACGACUUCUCCACAGACAGACCCUUUCGCAGCUGCUUUUCUCGUCCCUCCACCACUUACACAUCCAUAUAAUGCUCCACUUGCCCCACUAGUGCCUCCAGCCACUCUGCUUGUUCCUUAUCCAGUUGUUAUUCCCUUGCCAGUCCCGUUUCCAAUCCCAAUCCCAAUCCCAGUCCCAGUCUCAACUUGUAAGGAUACCAAAGUUGAACCCACAAAACAUCUGUGCACUUUAAGUAAGAGCACUCAGACUUCCACUCAUGAUUUUUGCCCUUCUGUGACGAUGCUAAGCAAAGACAUGGCAAUCCAACAAGCAUCUCUUCAGUCUAGUUCAUACCCAGUUGCAGCUGAUGGGGAGGUGCUAGACUUGUCUGUUAAGACCCCUCGAUCUCAACUGCGGCAUACUGGCAGUUCACAGGAGAUACCAUCUUUUCAACAGGACAGUGUACUUGAUCUGUCUGUACCCAGUGAAAGAAAAACAUGCAUCCAGUCAUGUAGUGUUUAUGGACCACCACCUGGCCGAGAGAGAGCCUGCAUCUCUGAAGAGGAUGUAUGUAAUGGAGCUUUGACUCUGGGGGUCUUGCGACCAGUGGAUUGCACUCCCAAACUGGACUCCAAACUGCUCAGUGGUUUAGCAUCAUUGGAGUUCAGCCGGCAGCACAAAUGGGUGGUGGAUAGUGGCAGCAGUGGUUCUGUCGCCAGUUCAGUACACGACGCGGCUCUUGGGAGUAGUGGCAACAUUGAAAUCGUUAGCACCUCACAAACAGCUAAGGUCAUUGUGUCGGUGAAGGAUGCUAUGCCUGCGAUCUUUUGUGGCAAACUCAAAGGCCUGUCAGGCGUCUCCACAAAGAAUUUUUCUAUUAAGUGCGAUGCCAGUCAAGGGGGUUAUGCUGCUCUGCCUAGAUCUCAAGGAGAACAGCGUGGAGACCCCAAUGACACAUUUAAAAAAAUUCCCAAAAAUCGAGCGAUUAAACUGAAGAAGGUCAGCUCCCAGGAGAUCCACAUUUUACCCUUAAAGAAGCAGCGUCUGGCUGCCUUUCUGCCUAGGAAAUAGCAAAGACUCUUCUGUUGAUACUCUGCUAGUGUGAGCUAGGGGAUGCCUGUGGGAUUGAGGCAGAAAGGAUGAAAUACAGUGCACACUAAAGCCUGAAAGCAGGAUGAAGGACAUAUAGAGAAACUGGGAGUGGGGAAAGCAAGGAAGGAAUUAGGGUUUGUUGAUGCUAAAGGCAUUUCUGGCAGAAACAAGACUUAGACACUCUUUAAACUGUCCAGAAAUAUUUAGGGCAAUGCAAGCCGCCUCUAGAUUUGCUCGGCUGGCAUUUGAUCCAUUCAUUAUAAAGCGCUCAGAGAGAUUGUUUAAGUGGCUGAGUUCACAAGAAUAUACAAGGAGCUGAAAAUGACAGACUGCAACACUACUGAACAAAUCGCACGCGUGUCCAUGUCCAAUUCCCCCCCAAACCUGCCUCUCUUCUAUGCAUUUUGAUUUCAGUCUCACAUCCCCCAUGAAUUAUUCAUGACUUCUUUAAUCUGAAUGUCCAUUAAUAUGCAUCAGCUCAGUUUAGAGAUUGUGCCAGCUGCCAGAACGAAAUCAGUUUCCUCGUACAAACACGACGUGAUACAUUUUAAUUUGUCUCUGUCUUUUCUGGUUCGUGUCAAACGGAACCCCCGGGUUUCGUUUCGAAAACAAACUUUUGUGAGAACGGAUUUUCAUAUUCACUCGGGUGAUGUGUGACCUCAGUGCUUUGCCCCGUUAAUCGCUGUAUUAAUCAGUGGUACAGCUAAGCAGAACAUCCGCUUUCAACAAGGGGGGUAGGGCUAGCAGUUAGCACAGUGGGCUAAUAACGACUUGCCAAAGCAAAAGGUCUCUAUUUCAUUAACUUUGAUGAUCAGCAGAAACGGUUGUCAAUGGUAACAAAGCAGUUUUUUUUUUUCAUUCCUCCUUUCAAGGGGGAUGGUGAGCAGGUGGGGAGAAAAACACACACUGCCCACCCAUCUCAAUUAGCACAAACUAAUCACCAGGGGCUUGCAUGUAGCAGAGUAAAUGCAAAAUGAUCUUUGGGUGUGCUUUGUGUGUUUGUUUUUUUUCUUUUUAAAGAGAUUUUAGGACUUAUCUGAAUAGCAGGCUUGCAUAUAUCAUUUCAGGCUUAACUGGGGUCGUUAUUGCAACAUGUCCGCUUCUAAAAUUGUACAAGUUGGUUAUUGCACCACUGGCUUUUAGUCUUGCUGUACUAAAGCCAUCGGGAAAAAAAAUGGCAACCAAUAAAUCAAGUUGUUUGCGUUU